UCCGGGGAGAGCGGAUAUAGUGAAUGCGGGGUCCGGGGAGACCAGAUAUAGUGAAUGCGGGGUCCGGGGAGACCAGGAUAUAGUGAAUGCGGGGUCCGGGAAGACCGGAUAUAGUGAAUGCGGGGUCCGGGAGACCAGAUAUAGUGAAUGCGGGGUCCGGGGAGACCAGAUAUAGUGAAUGCGGGGUCCAGGAGAGCGGAUAUAGUGAAUGCAGGGGUCCGGGGAGACCAUAUAUAGUGAAUGCAGGGUCCGGGAGACCAGAUAUAGUGAAUGCGGGGUCCGGGGAGACCAGAUAUAGUGAAUGCAGGGUCCGGGGAGACUGGAUAUAGUGAAUGCGGGGUCCGGGAAGAGCGGAUAUAGUGAAUGCAGGGUCCGGGGAGAGCGGAUAUAGUGAAUGCAGGGUCCAGGGAGACUGGAUAUAGUGAAUGCGGGGUCCGGGAAGAGGAUAUAGUGAAUGCAGGGUCCGGGGAGAGCGGAUAUAGUGAAUGCGGGGUCCGGGGAGA